GAUCAAGUGCUUACCGCGAUCGUCACGGCUGCGUAAUCCCGGUAUCUUCGUCUCGCAAGCGGUGCCGAGGGACGCAACCUCAAGAAUAAUUCUCCGAUAGACGCAACGAUCGAGAGAACGAGGAGCUUCGCGGGAGUAGAUCACCCUGCGAGCGAUGACCAUUGUUCUCCAACGUUUCCGUGUCGGUCCUGAGGAAGAUCUGUUCCAUCGAAUCGCGGGAACGUCGUCGAGACAACGAAGGUUUCGAGAGGGACCACCUUGCGGACGAUGAUUUACGCUGCGAUGUCGAAGUUUCGCUGGACCGCACGAUAAGGGAGUCUACGCGCGGUAGAGGGGCAGUGCGUCGGUUCGCGUGUCAAUUAUUCGGUGCUACGAGGUGCGUUCGAAAUCGAGGAACGCGUACUGGUGAACUCGCGGCUUCGCGGUCGACUCUCGUCUUUCGGAGCCGGACGCCGGUGAGCUCGCGGACACGCCGUCUCGCUGUCUCCAUCGAGCCGUCAGUGCGCAGAGCAGACAAAGGAAACGUAAUCGGUAAUCGGCUCGAGGGUGUUAUCAGGUGCGGAGGGGAUGGAGAUGCGCCCCGUUCUCGUGGCGAUCUGCCUCCUCCUCGUCACCCCCAUCACCGGCUCUUUCUGGACUGUAGGAAGCCAGCUGGUGAUGGAUCCGAUGCUCGUCUGCAAGAAAACAAGACGGCUGAAGGGGAAGCUAGCUGACAUUUGUCGUAAGGAGCCAUCUCUACUGAAAGAAAUUGCGAAGGGCGUUCAAGUGGGAACCAGGGAAUGUCAGUACCAAUUCCGAAAUCGAAGGUGGAACUGUACAACCGUCAGGCGAUCUCUCAAGAAGAUUCUGCUCCGUGAUACGCGGGAGACGGGUUUCGUGAACGCCAUCACCGCCGCUGGAGUUACUUAUGCGGUUACCAGAGCCUGCACUAUGGGUGACCUCGUGGAAUGCUCCUGCGAUAAGAUGACGUCGAAGGGUAAUCGUCUGGCUAAAUUUGCGCGUACGGUCGAAGCGAAGAAGAGUUUGCCGACGGAAGGAGACUGGGAAUGGGGAGGAUGCGGCGAUAACGUAAACUUCGGCUUUAAAAAAUCACGGGAAUUCAUGGAUGCACCGUAUCGUAAAAGAAGUGACAUCAAAACGCUGGUAAAGCUUCACAAUAACGACGCUGGUCGUCUGGCCGUACGCAACUUCAUGAGGACCGAAUGCAAGUGCCACGGGCUCUCCGGAUCCUGCACGGUGCGCACUUGUUGGCGCAAGAUGCCGCCGUUUCGGGAAGUUGGCAACCGUCUGAAGGAGUCCUUCGACGGCGCGGCCAAAGUCAUUCCCAGCAACGACGGUCACAGUUUCAUCACCGAAGGCCCCACGAUCAAGCCGCCCGGUAGGUUCGACCUGAUCUACAGCGAAGACUCGCCGGACUUUUGCAAGCCGAAUCGGAAGACCGGCUCCUUGGGGACGACGGGGCGUCAGUGUAACGCGACUAGUCCUGGAGUCGAGGGCUGUGAGCUCCUCUGCUGCGGCAGGGGCUACGACACCAGAAUCGUCAAGGAGAAGGUCAAUUGUCAGUGUAGGUUCCGGUGGUGUUGCGAGGUAACGUGCAAUACGUGUCUCGUCAAGAAGACCAUCAACACUUGUCGCUAGUGUCCACGUAAGUGAAAAAAAGACUUGAACUGAUAUCUGACAGUGUUGCGAAGCGAGUCGAUGCGAUAGUUCGUCCUGCGUGUGUUAGAGGAGGCUGAAGAGACAAUGCCGAGAAAAAUUAUUCAUAUCCUUUGCGCAAGUCCCAUUGAUGUGUGCCAUAACAAUAGAUCAGAAGAUUACGAUUGAAGAGUUUCGUAGAGUUUUGCCAAGUUCCGCAGAAGGUUGCGGUGCUAAAAUACAUCUUUAACAAUCAGAAGAAUAUUAGGCGAUCGAACGUUUCUUCGCCUGUUUCUUUUUUUUUACCAGUAAUUGUCGAAAAGUGUCAACGAUUAACUUAUAUUAGUAGUGUAUUUCGAAGUUCAAUAUUGACGUUUAGCGCGAGUGAAACUUUUCGACUUCUAUCGUUGCCAUCACUAUCGGCGGUUGAUCCAACCGUCCCAUUCUCUCGACACGAUCGUGAUAAUGCCCUAUUACGUAAUAGCGUUUGUAAUAUAUCAGUUUUUAGAAUAUGGUAUUUGAUCGUAAAUAUUCAUUGACGCGAAUAUUCAUUCAGGCGAUAUGUGAUUUACAAUUUAUGGUGACCAUAAAGGCUUGAAUUGAAUCUAGGUUAGCGAGAAGGACGUGUUGUAGGAUUUCCGAAGAGGUUUAUCGUGCGCGAGAAGCGGGAUUGCGACGUCAGUAGUGCAUGCGCGAGCCAAGUCAGACGCGAGUCGCGGAUGCAACUAGACGCGAUGUCUCGCGUUUACACGAAAUAGCGUGUAUCUUUGACUGUGAACCUACGAAUUGUUACAAAGCUGAAUAUUUUGGUUACAGAAACGUGUAUGUAUAUUGGACACUAAUCCUGACAAUUUUAGCAACGCUGGCAAUAUAGGUAUUAUUGUCAGAGAUUUCUAUUGUUACAAUCAGGACCGGUUCUAGAUUCUUGUUGACUUCUAGAUUUUUGUUAUGUGCGAUAUGUCAAACUGUUACUUUUUCCAAGCUGGUAACAGAAUGCAAACAAUAAUUCACGCUAAUAUUAUAGAAAAAUGUUUUCUCUAAUCUUAAUGGAACGUUGUCAUAACGAAGCAUCGUGUAAAUAAUUUCAACAGUAAGUAUUGUUAAGAAAAAUGUAAUAAUAUAAAUCUGUUCUUGUGCAAUUUAUCUUUCGAUGAAAUCACAUCGCUCUGACAAAGUCUGGUUGACUUUCUGCUAUGUAGAAUCGACUCCACAUAUAGUUGUUAUUAGCAUCGCCAACGCUGCGCGAGGCGAUCGUGUUUCGGGCUUUCCACGUAUCUCCAGUGCUCGUAAUAUGUAUUAAGAUAUACAUAAGAUACCAUAAUGAAUUUACGCAAAGCAUAUGGCCUAUCGCACACACAAUUGCAUAGCGACAUUUGCACAGCAUAAAAGCUGUCUAAACCAAUGAGCCUCGAGGAUUCAGUCUCCAUAUUGAUUUACAUAACAUUCAGAGACAAAAGAGUAUUCUCCUUUUGAAGAUAUGUUUAGUUUCAACGUGAAAAUCUUGAAAUGAGAUUAUAUUGCGUUAAAGGAAGAAACACU